AUGGGGGAGAAAGUGAAGUGGCCCUUGAAGAACACCGAUGGAAGAGAAAAAGACACCACCAAAUGGUGCGGCUUUCAUCAAGUCCAUGGGCACAAAACCACCGAAUGCAAGGCCUUACUUUACGAAGUAAAUGACUUGGUCAAUCGCGGCCAUUUGCACGACUUGCUGACCGAAAGAGGAAAGGCUCUUUUAGUAAAAAGAAAGGAAAAGGCCGCAGAAGAUGGUAUACCUGAGCCCACCGAAACUAUUGCAGUCAUCAUUGGGGGUUCGGAGAUUAGUGGAAUUUCUCACUCGGCUGCCAAAAGAAGUGCAAGAGCCGCCAUCAAUCUAGAUGCAAGGAAGGGGCGGCCGACGAAGACUCCUUCCGAUCAGGUGAUCAUGUUUACCGAUAGUGAAGCCACCGAUCUGUUAGAUCCACACCACGAUGCCCUUGUCAUCUCCAUCCAGGUAGCAAAUUGUAUAAUCAAGCGGGUGUUGAUCGACAACGGCAGUUCGGCGAACGUCUUGAUGUUGAGCACCCUAAAAAAGAUGAACAUUGAUGAAAAUCAUGUUGUACGACGAUCGACGAUCCUAAUCGGGUUUGGCGGAGAACAAAAAUUCACCGAAGGCGAAAUAGCAUUGCCCGUAUAUGUCGGAGGGGUCAAUUGCCAAACAAAGUUUCUCGUCCUUGACUGUCACUCACCAUUUAACAUAAUCCUUGGGCGUCCGUGGAUUCAUGAGAUGAAAGCAGUCCCGUCAACUUAUCAUCAAGUUGUCAAAUUCCCAACGGCCGCUGGUAUCAAAGAAAUCUACGAUGAACAAUUGGCCUCUAGAGAAUGUUACCAAAAUGGCCUCAAAAAGAAGAAAGAGCAGUUAUAG